CAAUUUAUAAAGAACAAAAAAUCAGACUAGGGAGGGGGUUGAUACGCCGAAGCUGAAAUCGAGAGGCGAACCCAGUUAAGGAGUAUUUUUUUUACACGGGACUUCCCCAAAAGGAGGGGGAAAAGUCACAAUUGUGGAAUCAAAAAGAAAAUUAAGGUUCAAAAUACGUGAAAACGUCUCCGGUUGUGGAUUCCGUAUAUAUUUUUAAUUCGAAAAAAUAUGGCCGAGAACGUUCUGGACUCUGGCCCGCCUUCAGCCAAGAGGCCUAAACUAUCCUCUCCGGCACUUUCUGCCUCCGCCAGCGAUGGAAACGAUUUCGGCUCGUUGUUCGACCUGGAGCACGACCUCCCUGACGAGCUCAUCAAUUCCUCUGAGUUGGGCCUGGUCAACGGAGGGGACCUCAGCCAGCUGCACACCAGUCUGGGGGGAGGAGGUGGGAUGGGCCUGGGCCCUGGAGGAGGGGGUGGCCAGGAUGCAGUGGCCAAGCACAAGCAACUCUCCGAGCUCCUUCGAUCAGGCGCUCCACAUGCCUCCACACAGCAGGGCCAGGGUGUGGUGGGCAGCCUAGGCGGGGCCAGCAUGGGCCACCUGGGGAACAUGAAGGUAUCCCCUGGGCCCCAGGGCAUGGGCCAGCAGCAACACCUCUCACCCCAGCAGCAGGCCAGCAUGAUGCAGCAGCAGGUGGGGAUGGUGGGUGCCAUGAACAGGGGCAUGAUUGGGGCCCAGAAGGGCAACGGACAGCAGCAGCAGCAAGCCAUGAUGGGGGGGCCGGUGAUGAACGGAUCCCCCAGGAUGAGCUUCUCGAACCAGGGGAUGGGGGGGAGCAGUAACAUGCUGGCUGAGACUCUGCAGCAGCAGGGGGCCGGGGGACAGGCUGGACUCAGAGUACAGCAACCUGGAGCACUGAACAAGAUGGGUAUGGUGGGUAACCAAGGCCCCUAUGGAGGCCCCUACGGUGAGCAGCAGGCAGGCCCGGGCCUGGGGGGAGCAGGGCUGGGCCCUCCGCUCCAGAACAAAGGCUCCAUGCCCAACAGCCUGGCCCAGUUCAGCAUGGACAAGAAGAGCCAGCCCAUGCAGGGCAUGGCUGCCAUGGCCACACAGCAGUCUGCCGCAGGUGUGGGCGGUGGAGCCGGAGGCACUGCAGGGGUGGUCCCCAACGCCCAGGGAGGCCUGGGGCCCGCCGUGACUGCAGCAGCUGGGGCGCCCCCUACGGCCGACCCCGAGAAGCGCAAGCUGAUCCAGCAGCAGCUGGUACUCCUGCUCCAUGCACACAAGUGCCAGCGGCGGGAGCAAGCCAACGGGGAGGUGCGCCAGUGCAACUUGCCACACUGCCGCACCAUGAAGAACGUCCUCAACCACAUGACCCACUGCCAGGCCGGCAAGUCCUGCCAGGUGGCUCACUGUGCGUCAUCCAGACAGAUCAUCUCUCACUGGAAGAACUGUACGCGGCACGACUGUCCUGUCUGCCUGCCGCUCAAGAAUGCCGGGGACAAGAGGAACCAGCAGUCUCUGCUAGGAGGUGCUGGUGUAGGUCUGGGUGGUUCCCUGGGCUCGGUGCCCGGAGGCCAGCCCAGCGCAGCCAAUCUCAACCCCCCCAGCCAGAUCGACCCCAGCUCAAUUGAGAGGGCCUACGCCGCCCUGGGCCUCACUUACCAGGGCACCCAGAUCCAGAGCCAGCCCAACCAGGCUUCUCUGCCCUCACAGGAUCUGCAGGGCCAGCCGGGCAUGAGACCGCUCAACCCUAUGGGGGGUAACCCGAUGGGGGUGAAUGGAGGAAUGGGUGUUUUACCCCAGAAUCAGCAGGCCAGCCUGCUGCAGGACACCAUGCUCCACCUCAACAUGAACUCCCAGGGUCUGAUGAAUGAUGCGGGUGGGACGGGUAACAUGGGCUCCAUGCCCAUGGCGACCCCACCCUCUGCAGCAGGUAUGAGGAAGAGUUGGCAUGAGGACAUCACCCAGGACCUGAGGAACCACCUGGUGCACAAACUGGUGCAAGCCAUCUUCCCGACCCCGGACCCUGCUGCUCUGAAAGACCGGCGGAUGGAGAACCUGGUGGCGUACGCUAGGAAGGUGGAGGGGGACAUGUAUGAGUCUGCCAACAGCAGGGCGGAGUACUACCACCUGUUGGCUGAGAAGAUCUAUAAGAUCCAAAAGGAAUUGGAGGAGAAGAGGCGAACGCGGCUCCAAAAGCAGGAUGGUCCACUCCCGGACCCUUCCCUGGUGCGGCCCGGUGGACCCAACCAGAUGGUGACUAGGAUGCAGAAUCCGGCAGGUAUGAACCAGUUCAACCAGAUGGGGAUGCAGUCUAUGGGCCAGAGGUCCACCCCUCCUCUCCCCCUCACACCCAUCAACCAGAUGGGCAUGGGGAACCCCAGGAUGGGCCAGCCCAACGUGGGCCAGAACCAGUACCUUCCCCAGGGACAGUUCCCAGGCUCCAGCCCAGGACCAGGCCUCGGCACAGGGCAGCCCAGCAUGGCACUGCCUGGCAUGAACCAGCAAGGCAACCAGGGAGGCAUGGCACAGACUCCAAUGCCCAUUCCUUCCCCUCUCCCCGCCAACAGCCCUCUAGCCGGGCCCGGUUCGGUCGGAGGGGGUAGCGGUGUCCCCUCGGUGGGGCCUAUGGGUCCCCAGAGUGUGGGUGGAGGCCCCUCGUCCAACAACCCCCAGCAGCCCAACUCAAUAACCCACCUCUCGGCCAUGCGCCAGAGCUCGCCCUCCCCCGCCCGCAGCAUCACCCCCACACCCCACCAAACACCACCCAGGCUAGCUGGCUCACAGACCCCACAGCCCCACACCCCUAACCCACCCCAGCUGGCCCCCCCAGGCCCCCAGCAGCAGCUAGGGCCCGGCAGCCAGGGACCAGGCUCCAACAAGCCCAUGCAGCAGGGGAUGGGAGCAGGGGCCACCACCCCAUCUCACCCUGGUCACCCCUCCACAACACCCAACCCCCAUGGAGGCCAGCUCCCUCGCACGCCUCGCACUCCGAUGUCCCAGAAGGGUGGCUUCCAGUCCCAGGACUGUCAGGCUCUGACCCCAGCGUCAGUCAGCAGUGUGGACACGGCCUCCCAGCAGGCCUCCCAGUCGGACGCCUCGGCCUCCGUGGACCCAAAGGCGGAGGUCAAGCAGCAGCAGGACGAGGAGGACGACUGGGAGGAAGGCUGCUCCAAGGGGGGGAAGCUAUCCAACAUCAAGACGGAGAACAAACCCAUCAAAAUGGAGGGGGUGAAGAAAGAGGAGUGUGGAGGCCAAGGGGGCAAAGGUGUUCCCAUGGAAACGUCGUCAUCGUCGGGGGUUAAGAGUGAGGAAAGGGUGAAGAUGGAAGACCGGAAACCGGAGGUGAAGAUGGAGCCGAAAGAGGAGGAGAAGGGAUCAGAUUCCCCUGGUAUUCCGUCUGGUGCCCAGAACAAGAAGAAGAUCUUCAAGCCAGAGGAGCUGCGCCAGGCCUUGAUGCCUACCCUGGAGUCUCUGUAUCGCCAGGACCCAGAGUCUCUGCCCUUCAGACAGCCUGUGGACCCUCAUCUACUGGGCAUACCUGACUACUUUGACAUAGUGAAGACCCCCAUGGACCUGUCCACUAUAAAGCGUAAGCUAGACACUGGUCAGUACCAGGAACCCUGGCAGUACGUGGACGACAUCUGGGUCAUGUUGAACAACGCAUGGCUGUACAACCGCAAGACGUCCCGCGUCUACAAGUACUGCUCCAAGCUGGCCGAGGUGUUCGAGGCUGAGAUAGACCCCGUCAUGGUCAGCCUGGGCUACUGCUGCGGCAGGAAGUUGGAGUUUUCUCCCCAGACGUUGUGCUGCUAUGGGAAGCAGCUGUGCACUAUACCCCGGGACGCGGCCUACUUCAGCUACCAGAACAGGUACCACUUCUGUGAGAAGUGCUUCAACGAAAUCCAGGGGGACAACGUGUCCCUGGGAGACGACCCCUCCCAGCCUCCGACUUCCAUCGGUAAAGAUCAGUUUGAGAAGAAGAAGAAUGACACACUGGACCCUGAAUUACUUGUGGAAUGUAUGGACUGCGGACGUAAGAUGCACCAGAUCUGUGUUCUGCACAACGACACUAUCUGGCCGUUAGGUUUUAAUUGUGAUGGCUGCUUAAAGAAGUUGAAUAAGACACGGAGAGAGAACAAGUAUGCUGCCAAAAGGUUGCCCCACACUAAGCUAGGCUGUUAUUUGGAGACUAGAGUGAAUGACUACCUGAAGCGUCAGAGCCACCCUGAGUCGGGUGACGUCACCAUCCGAGUGGUCCACGUCUCUGACAAGGUGGUAGAGGUCAAACCAGGCAUGAAGUCCAGGUUUGUGGACACUGGGGAGAUGUGUGAGUCAUUUCCAUACAGAACGAAAGCCCUGUUUGCGUUUGAGGACAUCGAUGGAGCUGACGUCUGCUUCUUCGGAAUGCAUGUACAGGAGUACGGCUCGGACUGUCCUCCUCCCAAUCAGAGACGCGUGUACAUCUCGUACCUGGACAGUGUUCACUUCUUCCAGCCUCGUUCUCUGAGGACGGGUGUCUACCAUGAGAUUCUCAUUGGCUACCUGGAGUAUGUCAAGAAGCUGGGGUACACGACGGGUCACAUCUGGGCGUGCCCACCUAGUGAAGGGGACGACUACAUCUUCCACUGUCACCCUAUGGACCAGAAGAUCCCCAAGCCCAAGAGGCUUCAGGAGUGGUAUAGGAAGAUGCUGGACAAGGCUGUGGCAGAGCGCAUUGUGCAUGACUUCAAGGACAUCUUCAAGCAGGCCACGGAGGACCGUCUGACAAGUGCCAAGGAGCUGCCGUACUUUGAGGGGGACUUCUGGCCCAACGUGCUGGAGGAGAGCAUCAAGGAGCUGGAGCAGGAGGAGGAGGAGAGGAAGAGAGAGGAAAACAGCACUUCCAACGAGAGCAUAGAUGCCACGAAGGGCGACAGCAAGAACGCCAAGAAGAAGAACACCAAGAAGACUUCUAAGAAUAAGAGCAGCAUGAGCCGAGCCAAUAAAAAGAAGCCAGGCUUGCCCAACGUGUCCAAUGACCUCUCUCAGAAACUCUACGCCAGCAUGGAGAAGCACAAAGAGGUAUUCUUUGUGAUCCGUCUGAUAGCGGCGCCUAUGUCCAACACGCUGGGCCCCAUCACGGACCCCGACGGCCUGAUGGCCUGCGACCUGAUGGACGGGCGCGACGCCUUUCUCACCUUGGCCCGCGACAAACACCUAGAGUUCAGCUCGCUGCGCAGGUCCAAGUGGAGCUCCAUGUGCAUGCUGGUGGAGCUCCACAACCAGAGCCAGGACCGCUUCGUCUACACCUGCAACGAGUGCAAGGGCCACGUGGAGACACGCUACCACUGCACCGUCUGCGAGGACUAUGACCUGUGCAUCACCUGCUACAACUCUAAGGGGCACAUUCACAAGAUGGAGAAGCUGGGUCUGGGCCUGGAUGACGAGAGCAACAACUCGGCCGCUUCGUCCAUCGCCAACCCUGGAGACUCGCGCCGCCUCAGCAUCCAGCGCUGCAUCCAGUCUCUGGUUCACGCCUGCCAGUGUCGCAACGCCAACUGCAGCCUGCCGUCCUGCCAGAAGAUGAAGCGUGUGGUGCAGCAUACGAAAGGUUGCAAGCGCAAGACCAACGGCGGCUGCCCCAUCUGCAAGCAACUCAUCGCCCUGUGCUGCUACCACGCCAAGCACUGCCAGGAGAACAAGUGUCCCGUACCGUUCUGUCUGAACAUCAAGCACAAGCUGAGGCAGCAGCAGCUCCAGCAUCGGCUCCAGCAGGCCCAGAUGCUGCGGAGGAGGAUGGCCAGUAUGCAGAGGGUGGGUCAGCCACCUCCGGGACCGGGGGGCAACGGUGGGCUACCGUCCCCGGGAAACAACAGCACCACAGGGCCCAGUACCCCCAUGUCCGUGGGCACACAGCCCCCCACGCCUCAGACCCCCACCCAGGGGAACAUGCCCCUCGGACCCCAGCAGGGGAUGGAUCAGGGCCCCCCAGGGCAACAGCAGCAGUUACAGCAGCAGGGCGGCAUUCCCCAGCAGCACCACAUGCACCACCAGUUCCAGCAGCAGAUGCAGCAUAGUGGAGGGGUAAUGAUGAACUCUCCUCAGCAGCAACAGAUGGUCCAACAACAGCUCCAACAGCAGCAGCAGGGCCAGUCUCCAAAUGUCCAGCAGAUGAAGCACCCAGGAGGUCUUCCCCCUUACACCCCCAGACCUCCAGGUGCCUCUCCCCUCCACCAGUCCCUGGGCAAACCCGGUCUGGGCCCAGCCACACCUCCACAGCAGCAGGCAAACCCCGGCCAGGGCUCCAUGCCCCAGGGGCAGCAGCAGCAACAGGGGCCUCCUCCGGCAGCGGUGGAGAUAGCGUUGAAGAUUCAGCGUGUGGCAGAGACACAGCGUCAGAUGGCCCAGGCUCAAGCCCAGAUCCUCCAAAGGCAGCAGGCGGCCCAGGGUGGAGGCAUGAUGCCCCCUCACCCCCACCACCAGAACCCCCAGGCCCAGAUGCAAGGCAUGGCCCACCCAGGAGCAGGCAUUGCAGGGCCCCAGGGGAUGGCUCCCCAGGGCCAGGGUGUGGCAGGGAGGACUCAUAUGGAGCAGCAGGGGAUGGUGGUGGGGCAAGGAGGCAUGCAGCAGCAAGGAGGCAUGCAGCAGCAAGGAGGCAUGCAGCAGCAAGGAGGCAUGCAGCAGCAAGGAGGCAUGCAGCAGCAAGGAGGCAUGCAGCAGCAAGGAGGCAUGCAGCAGCAAGGAGGCAUGCAGCAGCAAGGAGGCAUGCAGCAGCAAGGAGGCAUGCAGCAGCAAGGAGGCAUGCAGCAGCAAGGCGGCCCCCAGUCGCAGCUCUCUCCCCAGGUUCAGCUCCAGCAGCAGGCCCAACUCCAGAAUCCUAACCAACAGCAGUGGGGCGGCCCGGGUGGGAUGGCACCCCAGCAGAGGCAAGGCAUGAUGGGACAGAUGGGUCACCUGACACCGCAGCAACAACAGCAGCUCGCCCAGCAACAGCAGCAGCGGCAGCUUGUCCAGCAACAACAACAGCAAGGUCAGCAACAACAGCAGGCAGGGCAAGGGGGGUUAAUGGGGCUGAUGGGAGGUCCAGGGGGCGUGGCCGGGGCGGCGGCAGCGAUGGUGGGAACAGGGAACCUCCCCCAGGCAGCUCUACAGGACCUCCUGCGUACCCUCCGUUCCCCCAGCUCCCCCGGCCAGCAUCAACAGGUCCUCAAUAUCCUCCGCUCCAACCCCCUCCUCAUGGCUGCCUUCAUCAAGCAGCGAGCUGCCCGAUACCAGGGAGGUCCAGGGGUGCCGGGGGCCCCGGGAGGAGGGGGGCCCGGAGGCGUGCGGUUCCAGGGGGCCCCUGGUGGGGCAGGAAUGGGCCCUGGGGGUAACCAGGUGGUCAUGGAUGGUCAGCAGGUGAACGUAAACCCCGGAGUAGCCCAGCCAGGGAUGAACAUGGGCCAGGCAGGCGGAGGAGUAAAUAUGUCCACUAUGGCUCAGCUACAGCAGUUACAGCAGCAGCAGCAGCGCCCCCUCCUGCCUGGGAGUCUGCAGCAACAGCAGCAAAUGGCAGCACUACAACAACAACAAGGCAGUAUGGCAGGCCAAGGCACCCCCAUGUCCAACAUGACUCCCCAGUUCAGAGAGAUUCUGAUGAGAAGGCACCUCCAACAGCAGCAGCAACAACAGAUGAGUAACAAUGGUCAGUUCCAGCAGCCCCAGCCCCCCCAACAACAACAGCAGCAGGGUCAGGGCCAGCAGGGCUUCAUGCAUCAGGGCCAGCCUGGUCAACCUGGCCAGACCCAGCCUGGUGGCGGGGGAGGGCCGCAGCAGGGUGGGGGAGGCCCCCAGGGGCCCCAGCCCGGUCCAGGGCCGGGCCAACAAGGACAGGGCUACCCUGGAACGAUGUCCCAGCAGGUAGCCACAGCCCUGCAACAGAGGCUACAGCACCAGAUGCAACAGCAGCAGCAGCAGCAACAACAGCAACAGCAGGAUGGGGGUGGGGGGCCUGGGCAGCUCCAACAGGGGCAGCAGGGUCCCCAGCAAGGCCAAGGUGGUCAGCCCCAGUCUUCCCAUGCCAUGCUCCAGCAGGCCCUUCACCAGAGACUACUCCAGCAGCAGCACCUAGGAGGGGGCUCGCCUGCCCAGCACGGCAGUCCUAUGAGCCCCCAGCAGCAGAUGGCCCAGUCCCCACACCCCCACCUCCAGGGCCAGGCUCUGGGCGGUCAGUCCCUCAGUAACCAGGUGCGUUCCCCUCAGCCCUCCCCUCGGCCACAGUCCCAGCCGCCCCACUCCAGCCCCUCGCCACGCAUGCAGCCCCAGCCCUCCCCUCACCGCAUCUCCCCCCAGACCCAGACAGGCUCUCCGCACCCGGGUCAUCUCUCCCAGCACCACCCUGGUAUGGUGGCCCCCCAAAACCCACAACAAUUGUCACAGCAACAACAGCAGCAGGCUAACUCUGGGGACCCGGGUACAUUUGGUUCGGACCCGAGUGCUAUGAUGUCCCAGAUAAGUGGGAUGGGAGGCUUGCAUGGCCCAGGGCAGUCAGACAUGUUGGGUAAUAACCACCAGGACCUGGGGACAAACAGCCACAACAGUUUAGACAUUAUGUAGCCUACUACUGCUUCUGUCUCAGUGCUCUGAAGAACUGUCCUCAUGGGUCUGGCUGGAAGGGGGAUGGCAGUUUUUGAAGUUAUUUUUAUUUAAUAUUUUUCUGAUGUAUAAAUGAAAAGAACUCAACUUCCUAUGGGAGAUGCAACGUUAAAUCUACAAGUCAAUAAAUGAAUAAAUUGAACGAAUGGUAAGUUAUUGCUGUUAAUAUAUAUCUAUAUAUUUUUGCCAAUUGUGUACAAAAUGUGUAAGGGGUUUCUGGACAGUAGAGAUUUCUUCCUUAGUAUAUGACACAAGUAAUAUUUUUGGGGACUGAGAAUUUUGCCUUUUUUACAAAUAUUUUUAAGAUUUUAAAUGUGGUGGACAAUUGAGGUGAGUUAAUACAAUGGACCUUUCUAUCGUUCGGUUUUCCUCCAUAAAACCAGUCAUGAUUGUAUCUGUUUUGCAGAGAAGUGUUUUUUUUAUUAUAAUUAUCAAUAUUAUUUUUGCUGGAUCUACAAACAAAUGUCAUAUCUUUUUUGGGGGGGGUGGGGGGGCAGAUGUACUUUGCAACUGCUACAAUUCAAAUAGAAGAAUAUAUUUUUGUUAAUGACUGUCCAAAAACCGAGAGGGUUGAAAGAAGGGCAAGUGUAUUUUUUUCCUGAUUUUGUUAGGGAUCCAAGUGAAACCGAAACAUUAUUGCUGGGGAGGUGAGCAGGGGGUGGCUGAUCGCCUUCUAGGAUUGUCUGUGAGCAUCUCGGGUCGUUGGAUGCCCAGAUCUUCUACGCCAGGGUUUCCCCCCUCCCGGGUUCAUGUUUUGGUUUUUGCCCUAGCAGUAAACGGCUGAUUCAAAUAACCAACUCAUCAUCAAGCUUUGAUUAUUUGAAGCAACUGAUGUGCUAGGGCAAAACCAAAAUGUGCACCCGGGGGGGGGCCCAGGACAGAGUUUGGGUAACCCUGUCCUACACUCCCCUUUACCCCUACACUUACAAACAGGACGAUGGAUGAGAAACUUACUACUGAUGUUGCCAGCUGAUUUGGAGGAUUGAUGGAUGGCUCCAUGUAGUGUGUGUAUAUACCCUCAUGAACUGAAACAUGAAGGGGAUAUGGGGAAGGUGUGAAGGGCUUUCCUAGGAACGUUUAACUUUUGUCAAUGAUGCUACCCUUCCCCUCGCAUCCUAGUCACAAGCCCCUCUUCUUCCCCUCUCAUCCUAGUCACAAGCCCCUCUUCCCCUCUCAUCCUGGUCACAAGCCCCUCUUCCCCUCUCAUCCUAGUCACAAGCCCCUCUUCCCCUCUCAUCCUGGUCACAAGCCCCUCUUCCCCUCUCAUCCUGGUCACAAGCCCCUCUUCUUUUACCCUGACUGUUGGUUUUAAUUUAAUGUUAUUACUGUACAAAAACUGGACUUUAAUGAAAUACUGUUUGUAAUAAUAAAAUGAAAAUCAUACAUUUGCGCUGUACAGACUUUCAGACCUAUGAUGAGCAGAGCCUCUUUUUCUACUGCUGAUUUUCUCGAUUUGGUUUCCUAGCAACCUGGUCUCCCAAACUAUGUAAAAGUAUUGAUUUUUGAAAGGUACAGUAUGGGGUGUAGGUCAUGAGCACCAAUGAGCCUUUGUGUAUAUAUUUUUUUUAAACUGGGGAUAUUGCAACAUAACAUCUUGAUUGCUGUGAACACCAACACAUUCACAUGAACACAUGCACAAAACGUGAGAAGGCUUAUUACUGUGGUCAGAAAAUGAAUUCAUAAUUUUGCCUCGCAUUAAAGAAUUACACAAGAUUUCACAAGUUCACUUAUUUUUCUCUAAAGGUUGAGAUUUGGGGGAGGGGAAAAAACAAGUGGCAAUAUAUCUUGAGACUUAUUUUAUAAAAAAACAAGGAAAGCUUGUAUUUUAUAUAUAGAUAUUAUUUAAUUUUAUUUUUUUGAAAAUAAAACUUGAAGCAACAGGAAUUAAUAGAUUAAACUUUUUUUGUAUUGAAGAUGUAAUGGUGAUGUAAAAUGACACUGCGGUCAUUCACAGCCCUCUUUGGGGCUGUUUGAGUAUAUCAUGCCAUUUUGAUGAAAUGUACACUUGUAUACAUACUGAAUCACUGUACAAACCAUGGCAACUGAAUUUUUGUUUUGCUUAUUCUUUCUGCCUAAAGAAACUGGAAUUAAGACUGUGUUUAGUGUUCAAAUGGAAUCUUUGACCACUUUUCUGUUACAAUACUUUGGUGCUUGCUGAAAGGAAGCAAAAAAUAAAUAACUGUUGCUCCAUUUUCA